ACUUCAGGAGCUGUUCCAGCAGGAGAAAGGCAGAAAGCGUCUGUCAGUUCCUCCUAGCCCAGGCAGGCUCAGACCCAGUGCUGCUGAUGAAAACAAGGGUAUCCAGGAUUCCUCUCCUCGUAACCCAUCACCUGUGGUUCAAAAUGGGGACAAAGAAGACCGUCACCUCUGCACACUUCCCUCAACCACCUCCUCCCAGUUAUCACCAGGAGACCUUGGAGCCGAAACAGUCUCUGCUGGACCCUCCUUCAGUGAGCCUGACUCUGUCAGCAUCCCUGAAGAUGUGUUUGACGGACACCUGUUAGGUUCCACUGACAGCCAGGUUAAAGAGAAGUCCACCAUGAAAGCCAUCCUUGCCAACUUCCUGCCUGGCAACAGCUACAACCACAUCCCCUUCCCAUUUGAUCCAGACCAACACUACUUGAUGUACGAACAUGAGCGUGUCCCCAUUGCAGUGUGUGAACGAGAGCCAAGCUCCAUCAUYGCCUUUGCUCUCAGCUGCAAAGAGUACAAAACAGCUUUGGACAAUCUGUGCAAGGCUUCAAACACAGCAGAAGAUGAGACUCCACAACCCCUCAGCAGUUCAGAGAAUCGGGUGAGGAGCAGUCCUGCCAGGCCCACUGAGUGUUUGUUGUCUCAGCAGAGCCGCAGCAACACAGAUGGAGAUUCCCUCAAGGACAUUGACUCAGUCGAUAAGCAGAAGAAACAGACACUGAAUCCACACAUUGAACUGCAGUUUUCAGACGCCAAUGCCAAGUUCUACUGUCGCAUCUACUACGCUGAGGAGUUCCACACAAUGCGUGAGGAGAUCAUGGAGAGCAGCGAGGAGGACUUUGUUCGUUCGCUGUCCCACUGCGUCAACUGGCAGGCUCGGGGGGGGAAGUCUGGAGCUAUGUUCUAUGCUACAGAAGAUGACCGCUUCAUCCUGAAACAAAUGCCCAGGCUGGAGGUCCAGUCCUUCUUGGACUUCGCUCCAAACUACUUCACCUACAUUAUCGGAGCCGUGCAACAGAAGAGGCCUACUGCACUUGCCAAGAUCCUGGGAGUUUACAGGAUCGGAUACAAGAACUCCCAGAAUAAUACAGAGAAGAAACUGGACCUGCUUGUCAUGGAGAACCUCUUCUAUGGGCGAAAGAUGGCUCAGGUGUUUGAUCUGAAAGGCUCGCUGAGGAAUCGGAAUGUUAAGACGGACUCGGGUAAGGAAAGCUGCGAGGUGGUUCUUCUGGACGAGAACCUGCUGAAGUUGAUCCACGACAACCCACUCUACAUCCGCUCCCACUGCAAGGCCAUUCUGCGUGCCGCCAUUCACAGUGAUGCCUACUUCCUGUCCAGUCACCUCAUCAUUGACUACUCACUGUUGGUGGGGCGGGAUGAUGCUACGGACCAGCUGGUGGUUGGGAUCAUAGAUUAUAUCCGGACAUUUACAUGGGACAAGAAACUGGAGAUGGUUGUUAAAUCCACUGGAAUCCUGGGAGGUCAAGGGAAGAUGCCCACUGUGGUUUCUCCAGAGCUGUACAGGUCCCGCUUCUGCGAGGCCAUGGAUAAAUACUUCCUGAUGGUGCCGGACCACUGGACUGGCCUGGGRACCAACUGCUGAAGUGUGAACGCAGCAGAUGAAAUCCUGACGUUGGCAUCAUUACAUAGCUGCAGUUUAUUUUAUUUUAUAUUUUCUAAUCUAAAUCUGAGUCAGGAUGUGCUGCGGUGAGAUCCCUCUCACUCCCCAUCCUCCGAACAUCACACAGUCUUAUUUUUUUAUUUGGUCCCAUAUUGAGACUGGAGCCAUAGAACCUCCAGUCUGGUGGUUUUCAAGUAAUUUAAUGUUGAUACAGAGAUUGUACAACAUGAUCAAUAUAACUAUUAAAGUAUUGUUAACACUCUUGGAUGAUUGUGAGAACAUUUUUGUAUUGAUCAUAGUCUUUCACAUGCUGUUGUGGUUUUUGAUAUGUUGCUCAAAACAUGGUGUGGCACAAGAACUCGGGGCGGAAAUUCUGUAAUUUUUGCCUCAUGGCUUCUUUUCGUGUACAUUUCCGUCAUUUUGAAGAGUUGCUGGAAAAUGUCAGGUUGUAGCAGGUUUGAAUAGUUAUGAUAGUACCAUGUACUUCUGUUGUWUUAAACAGAUUUCUUCCUA